AUGGGCGACCAGAGCACCCUUCGCCAACGCCAUGUUGACCCCUCAACACCAGCCGCCCCAGCGCCUUCCACCAAGCCAACCAUCUCCAACGCCCUCCUCAGCUGGGAUGCCAUCGACCACUGGCGCCGCGAUAAUCACUACAUCACAGGUGGAUAUCGCAUAGAUAAACCAUCUUACCACCAUACGUUCCUUUCCUUGAGGCAUCUUCACAAUGAGAGCGUCAACAUCUGGUCGCACCUACUGGGCGCCGUCAUUGCGGUCUUGUCCUCGACCUACCUCUACACGCAGAUCAAGCCACGCUACGAAAAUGCGAACCAGCAGGACGUCCUUGUUUUUGGCUGUUUCUUCACAGGCGCGUUUCUCUGCUUGGGUAUGAGCGCGACCUUUCACGCCUUGCUCAGUCACAGCCAAGACCACGCGAAAUGGGGCAACAAGCUUGAUUACAUGGGCAUCGUCUUACUGAUUGUUGGUAGCUACGUGCCAGCACUCUACUAUGGCUUCUUCUGUGAGCCGUUACUCAUAAGGUACUACCUGGUUCUGAUCUUCACCCUCGGAACUGGCUGCGCUCUCGUCUCCUGGGUGGACAGAUUCCGCACCUCGGCGUGGCGACCUUACCGCACUGCCAUGUUCAUCGCGCUUGGCCUGUCUGGCAUCGUUCCCGUGGCCCAUGGCGUCACCAUCUUCGGCUACUCUGGUCUCGAUGAUCGAAUGAGCAUCAGCCUUGUCAUCCUCCAUGGGGCAAUGUACAUCUUCGGCGCUGUACUCUACGCCUCUCGAUUUCCCGAAAGAAUGGGACCGGCCGGCCGCUUCGACAUCUGGGGCAGUUCGCAUCAGAUCUUCCACCUCUGUGUGCUGCUUGCCGCAGGUACGCACCUGUACGGCAUGGGCAAGGCGUUCGACUACCACCAUACCGGUCUUGGCUCGACGUGUGUGCUCAAUUGA